CAUUCACUGAACUUUGUGCGAUUAAGGCGAUUAUUGUAGUUCUGAUCAAGAGAGAAAAUGAAUAAGUUUUUGAGUGCACUUGACGCUACUGUUGCGGACGCUCCUCUGCGCCCCCUGCUGUAAACGGCCGGAGCUGCAGCCACCGCAGCCGGUAUUUACUAUUAUGUUAAACGAGAUGGAAAAACAACAACAUCGGACUCCGAGGUCACAACUGAAGGUACAACUAUUUCUUAGUCGUGCUGCUGUAACCAUGCAGUGCUCAGUUUACUUCUGUCCUUUAAAAGAAAUGAAUUUAGUAGACACUCCUUCAUAAUCUAAGAGGCUGUAGUCCUAUUUUGGCCGACGCUCGCGCUGCUUGGAAGAUGCAGUGAUGGGUGAAAGCACUCUGUCUCUUUGUCCAGGUUCAUGGAGGAGUUUAGCUUAAUGAAUGUGUAAUAAAAUCUCUCAGUGUGUUCCUAGCCUUAGCCCACAUUAGACAUGUACAUAGUGAACAUCAGUAAAGUGUAUUUAUUUCAGAGGCCAGUGAGAAAGUGGGAAUACUUGUGUUGUAGAGCUUCACCAGGAUCAGAAGUGGUCUGGACUUAAAAACAUAAAUAAUAGACGAUGUCUGAUGGCUUUUUAUUAUUUUAUUUAGACCCAGUGUGUGACUGGGCCACGGAACCGGCUCUGCUCCAACCCACAGAGGUUCCUCCGGACCAGGUCACGAACGCUGUGACUGAGGCUGAGGAGAAGAUUCAGAAGCUAGUGGUGUCCAAUACUCAGCUGCAGGAGAGAGUGAGGGAGCUGGAGGAACUGCUCUGUGAGGCACGCAGAGAUGGCAUGAAAAGCAAGGCUUCACAGGCGGAAGCAGAGGAGAAACACCAGAAGGCUGAGGAGACCAUUACUCAGCUGGAGGAGGAGAAGUCCGACCUGACCAAGCAGGUGGAGUCACUGCUAGAGACAGUGCAGAACCGGGGGCACCUGCUCUCUGAGACUCACAGGGAGUGUGAAACACUGCUAAUGAAUGAGUGUGAGCGAGAUCAGGAGGCUGACAGCAUCCUCCAGGUGGAGAACAAGAAGAUGAAGAAGACCCUGAUGGACAAGGAGGAGUUACUUAAGGUGUUCCUGAUUGAAGCUGAGGAGAAACACCAGAAAGCUCUGGACACCAUUGCUCAGCUGGAGGUGGACAAGUCUGACCUGACCAAGCAGCUAGAGACAUUGCAGGACAUGUGGAUCCUGCUAGGUGAGGCUCACAGGGAGUGUGACAAGCUGAAGGCUGAGGAGACCAUGUUGUCUCAGCUGGAGGUGGUGAAGUCUGACCAGAAAGACCAGGUCUCACACGGAAUAGUGCAGAACAUGGAGCACCUGCUAACUGCUUUUAUUUUAAUUUUAUUUUUUUUAUUAUUAUUUUUUAUUAGAACAAAAUGUUUGAGUUCAACAACAUAAAUAAAUACAGGAGAAACAAAACAAUAAACCAAAAACAAACAAAACAGGUAUUGCAUGUGAUUAUGUGAAGUGUAGGUGUGAGGUUGUGUGCGUGUACAUCUCUAUUCAGUAUAUAUGUAAAUAUAUAUGUAAGGCAAGCUGUAGAAUAAAGAGUAGAGAUGGGAGCAAAAAUAAAAAUGUAUGUAUUUACAAUAUAAACUACAGGGGGGGAAACAAAAAAAUAAUGAAUAAAUAAAUAAAGGGAGGAGGCACACCGAGUUGAUGCAGGAACAGGCCACCA